UUUUCGAGUCUACCAUUAAAAUUUUAUUUAAAAAUAAAAGUCGGCUGUUGCUCAUAAUCUUCUCCUAGUCUCCUUGGCCGCCACCCCCACCUUUCAGCCGCCUCGGCGCCACCGCCUGCAGCUGGCGACCAGCACUGCAAUACACAAGUCGCCUACUAGUCCCGCCGUUCAGCAUCAAAAAAUACAGUGGGGGUAUAGUAUGUAUACUAAAUAAAAUCGCUAAUUUCUGAUUUCCCACACUCAGAAGACUUCCUCUGUUGCUCAAGCCAAACCAGCCGGCGAGUGCCCAACGCCGGCCCCAGCGGCAUUCCGUUUUGUCUCUGUUCGAUGGCGGCCCCUAUUCCGUUCUCCGGCUGCGGCCCCAGUAAGCUGCACGGGUAGAUGUCGUAUUGUCAUCUGUAAUGAAUCGCCUUGUUGCAAAUAGACUGGGCAGUGGACUUUCAGGCAACCACAGGCAGCACAAAGACUUCACAGCCAAGUUGGUUUCACUGAUAUGCAAAAGGGGAGAGGAUUGCAGAACCAUGAGUGCGUUUACUACAUUAUCUAGUUUCUCCACACUCUGUAACUCGUGUCAGAUUAGGCGUACACUAAGACAGGAGAUAAGACCCUUCUCAAGUGCUACCUCACAGAGAUUUGAGGAACACUGUGCUGCAUGGCGAGCUGCGACUGAGGCAAUCAAACAAGACAGAAAAUGCAAUGGUAUUUAUUUGAGCGUUGCCCAUUUUCAAGUUACUCCAGAUAUAAACUUUGCCAAAUACCAUAAUAUCGAGAUUAGCGACAUCCAUCAAACACCUCCUGGUAAUGUACAAUUUGGAAACUGUUUUGCACAACCAUCAGUGUGCAACGGACAGAGGGGAAUGCAUAAUGCGGGAGCUUCAUCACAAUCUCCAUUCCUAUUGCCAAAUGUUAUUCAACCUAUUGAGUUGGCAACCGAAAUCAAAGAAAAUAAAUUGGAGAAAACUUUUAAGCAAGAUGGAAGCAUUCCAACUCCGGAUAUGGAAAUCAACUAUUCUGUUUUGGGUGGACCUAAUCAGCUUCAAUCUGUGAACAGUACUUCCACAGAAAAUUGCACUGCCAAGGCCAACCUUUAUGAGGGGCAUCCUAUUGAGUUGUUGGAGACCAAAAUUGAAGAAAAUAAGUUGGAUAAAAUUCUUAAGCAAGAGGAAGGCAUUCCAACUUCGGAUACGGAAAGUAACUCUGCUGUUUUGGGCAGACCUAGCCAGAUUCAGCCUGCAAACAGUACUGCCAUAGAAAGGAGCACUGCCAAGGCCAACCUUCGUGAGAGGCAACCUAUUGAGUUGUUGGAGCCUAAAAUUGAAGAUAUUAAGUUGGAGAAAACUUUUAAACAAGUGGAAGGCAUUCCAAUUCCCGGUACAGAAAGCAACUAUGCUGUUUUGGGUGGACCUUGCCAGAUUCAGCCUGCAAACAGUACUGCCAAAGAAAAGAGCACUGUCAAGGCCAACCUUCGUGAGAGGCUGGAGUCCAUCUAUGAGAAAGUUCUCAUUGUCAACAAUAUCUCACUGGCCAAGGAAGUUGUUAGUAAGCUUACAAAUGAGUACAGGGAUUUAGUCCACGCAUGUGAUACAGAGGUAGCCAGGAUUGAUGUCAAGCAUGACACACCGGUUGGUCAUGGAGAAAUCAUAUGCUUCAGUAUUUAUUCUGGCCCACAUGCUGAAUUUGGAGAUGGGAAAUCUUGUGUAUGGAUUGAUGUUCUUGAUGGCGGCGGGAAGGAUAUUUUAGUAGAAUUUGCCCCAUUUUUUGAAGACCCGUCUAUUAAAAAGGUAUGGCACAACUAUAGCUUUGAUUGCCACAUCAUAGAGAACUAUGGACUCAAAAUGGCUGGGUUUCAUGCCGAUACAAUGCACAUGGCUCGAUUAUGGGAUUCCUCAAGACUAAGAGAGGGAGGUUAUUCUCUCGAGGCACUUACAGGGGAUACCUCUGUCAUGUGUGAUGCAAGUGUGGCACCUGGUGAAGAGCUGUUUGGUAAGGUGUCAAUGAAAACUAUUUUUGGUAGGAAAAAACUGAAGAAAGAUGGAACCCAGGGUAAGGUUGACAUUAUUCCAUCUCUUGAGGAGUUGCAAAGAGAGGAUCGCAAAUUAUGGAUUUCUUACUCUGCCUUAGAUUCCAUAAGCACUUUGAUGCUUUAUGAUAGUUUGAAAACCAAACUCUCUAACCGGAUCUGGAAGUUUGAUGGAGUUUAUAAAGGGAACAUGCUCAACUUUUAUGAGAGAUACUGGCUUCCAUUUGGCGAGCUUUUAGUUCAGAUGGAAACUGAGGGUGUGCUCGUUGAUCGUGCUUAUCUUGCUGAGUUGGAAAAAGUGGCUCAAGCUGAGGAGGAGAUUGCUUCUAACAGAUUUCGUGUCUGGGCAUCAAAGUACUGCCCUGAUGCAAAAUACAUGAACGUGGGAAGUGAUGUACAGUUGCGUCAGCUCUUUUUUGGUGGCACUCUGAACAAAAAGGACUCUAAUGAGAUUCUUGCUGAGACGAGAGAUUUCAAAGUUCUCAACACUGAGAAUAUAAUUGAAGAAGAAGAGAAGGCUCCAACUAAAAUCCGUAAUAUCACACUUCAUAAGAUUGGUGAUCGCAUUGAAACUGAUCUAUACACUUCUAGUGGUUGGCCAUCUGUUAGUGGGGAUGCUUUAAAGGCUCUUGCUGGUAAAAUCUCGGCUGAUUUUCAAAUCACGAAUGAAGCAGAUGACAAUAAGGAAGAAGUGUCUGUUUCAAACAACAAUGAGUCUUCUGUGGUUAAUAAUGAAGAAUUAUGUACAAAUCCAGAAGCUUCUGGGUAUGGAACAGCUUAUAAGGCUUUUGGAGGUGGACAAGCCGGGAUAGAGGCAUGCCAUGCCAUUGCCUCUUUAUGCGAAAUUUGCUCCAUCAACUCUUUGAUUUCAAAUUUCAUCAUCCCUUUGCAGGGCGGGGAAAUAUCAGGAAAGAAUGGCCGCAUCCAUUGUUCGCUGAACAUAAAUACUGAAACUGGGCGCUUGUCAGCGAGGAGGCCAAAUUUGCAGAAUCAGCCUGCUUUGGAAAAAGACAGGUACAAAAUUCGUCAGGCAUUCAUAGCUUCACCCGGGAAUUCCUUAAUUGUUGCUGACUAUGGGCAGUUGGAACUCAGGAUUCUUGCACAUCUUGCAAAUUGCAAGAGCAUGUUAGCUGCCUUUGAAGCUGGUGGAGACUUCCAUUCGAGGACUGCUUUAAACAUGUAUCCACACAUACGAGAAGCAGUUGAACAAAAACAUGUUCUCCUUGAGUGGAACCGUCAGCCUGGUGAAGAUAAGCCACCAGUUCCAUUACUAAAGGAUGCAUUUGCUUCUGAAAGAAGGAAAGCAAAGAUGCUUAAUUUUUCUAUUGCUUAUGGAAAAACUACAGUGGGUCUUGCUCGCGAUUGGAAGGUUUCUGUGAAGGAAGCCAAAGAAACAGUAGACCGGUGGUAUAGUGACAGGAAAGAGGUUUUAACUUGGCACGAACAACGCAAAUCUGAAGCGCAUCAGUUCAGAUGUGUUUAUACAUUGCUAGGUCGGGCCCGCAUGUUCCCUUCACUCAAAUCAGCAACCAAAUAUGUCAGAGGCCACAUUGAACGAGCUGCCAUCAAUACCCCUGUCCAGGGAAGUGCUGCAGAUGUUGCGAUGUGUGCCAUGCUAGAAAUAUCAAAGAACCAACGGUUAAAGGAGCUUGGAUGGAAAUUGCUUCUGCAGAUCCACGACGAAGUAAUUCUUGAAGGGCCAUCAGAAUCAGCAGAGGAAGCAAAGGCUAUUGUGGUGGAGUGUAUGUCGAAACCGUUUGAUGGGAAGAAUAUUCUCAGAGUUGGCCUCUCCGUUGAUGCCAAAUGUGCUCAAAACUGGUAUUCUGCCAAAUAGGGAUAUUCUUGGGAUCUGCCAAGAAGAUCAGCAUUUGUGCAACAAGCCGUCGCUCCUAGCCACGUAUGUCUCUAGCAGCAACUCUAACAAUUUUGGCUCCACGGGCCACCACUACCACACGUGUCUAUGGGUUCGAAAGUCACUGCCAGGCCGAGCUGGAGACAGACAUCAGAGUUCUUAACACUCUGUUUAGUUCUGGUUGUUAGAUAGGAAAGGGAAUGAAAGGAAAAUCAAACUACAGAUUUGAAUAUUGUUUGGUAGCAGAGAAAUUGGUGAAGAAAUUACUUGUUGAUAGCUAGCAUCUUUGUUUGGUUGUAAAGAAAGCAAUGGAAGACAU